AUGGCGAUGAAGAAGGGCCAGCCACAGGAGAUGGUCCAGGUUGAUCGCUCUGAACGGACCGGAUCCCCUUUCUGGAAAGGCAGCUCGAGUUCCUUGAACCAAGGAACCUCCAAGUCCCAUGAGCAGAAUGCGGUCGUGGGCGCCUCAUACUCUCAUGCUAAUAUCCUAAAAGGAAUCCCACAGCAGAACGCGCCUCCUCGAACACCUCCUCGAUCAUCGUCUGCACAUACCCAACAAACCACAUCAUCUCCCCACCGACCAGGAGCAUGGGGUAGCGCAUCCGCUCACACAUCCUACCCGGGUAUCACGAGUUACGCCGAUGAAGAGGACGACGAAGACGACGAUGAUGACGAAGAGGGCGACAUUGUCUACGAUGAUGAUGAGGAUGAAUUUGGACUCCCUAGUAUUGCUAGCAUGCGAAGGAAACCAGCCAAGCAUUCCGACGUUUUUCAGUUCACACCCGUUGAUCCAGGUGGUGGUGCCGGUGGUGGCAGAAAUACGCGCAGCGGCGGCUUUGAAACUGCAGGCAAUGCAGCAAAUCUGGGGUACGGACUGGGGUCAGGCAGGUUUCGCGCCAAUAGCGCGGAUAUUGCCGAGGAACGUGGUACGCCAAUGUACCCCACAGCCCGAAAGGGGGAGGGUAAGAUCCUCCGGCCUCAGUAUAAAGAAAUCCUGAGAGAUCCCGCUCAUGCCUUGAACCUCAUAAACCAUUCACCGCCGCCAAAAAAUGCAUCGCCGAAAGAGAAUGACGAAUACUCGAGUCGCAUAUCUAGGAUCAACAAAUUCAAACGUCUCCUGCAAACGAGCACCGUCCCUCUAACCGAAUUGAGGAACUUGGCGUGGUCAGGAGCUCCUGAAGAAGUACGAGCCAUGACUUGGCAACUUCUCCUCGGCUACCUACCGACGAACAGCGAGCGACGAGUUUCCACCCUCGAAAGGAAGCGCAAAGAGUAUCUUGAUGGUGUUCGACAAGCCUUUGAACGCAGUGCUGCGGCCGCGGCAAACCCACCACCUUCGACAACUGGACGUGGGCGGGGCUUGGAUGAAGCAAUAUGGCAUCAAAUAAGCAUAGACGUGCCGCGCACUAGUCCUCAUAUCCCGCUUUACGGCUACGAGGCUACACAGCGCUCCCUGGAAAGGAUUCUUUAUGUUUGGGCCAUACGGCAUCCAGCAAGUGGCUACGUGCAAGGAAUCAAUGACCUUGUGACACCUUUCUUCCAGGUUUUCCUUGGAAUUUAUGUCACAGACCUCAACGUUGAAGAGGGCAUGGACCCAGGUCAACUACCAAGAAGCGUUCUUGAUGCCGUGGAAGCGGAUUCUUUUUGGUGUCUUACGAAGCUGCUCGAUGGUAUACAGGAUAAUUACAUAUAUGCACAACCAGGCAUUCAUAGGCAGGUCAGAGCGCUACAAGAUUUGACCACGCGCAUCGAUUCUGGUCUUGCGAAGCACUUGGAGAGUGAAGGAGUGGAGUUUAUGCAAUUCAGUUUUCGAUGGAUGAAUUGUCUGCUCAUGCGGGAAAUGAGCGUUCAAAACACCAUCCGAAUGUGGGAUACAUAUUUGGCUGAGGAGCAGGGCUUCUCGCGAUUCCAUAUAUACGUUUGUGCAGCUUUUCUUGUCAAAUGGUCGGACCAGUUGAUGAAAAUGGACUUCCAGGAGAUUAUGAUGUUCCUCCAAGCUCUUCCAACAAAAAACUGGACAGACAAAAAUAUCGAACUGCUGCUGAGCGAAGCAUUUAUCUGGCAGAGUCUAUUCCAGGACUCCCGUGCCCAUCUUCGUCCGACUGGCGAGAAAGCGCCCGAGGAUGGUUUGUAA